AUGGGGAUUCGAUACACUGCGACACUUGUCGAUCUGUUGUCUAGGUCUAUGCUCGCUAUCUUUCGCUUGGACUUUCAGUACGAGCACAAACGAAGUGCGAGGAUCCGGAUAACGGUGUCUGACGGAGGUUAG